AACCCAAUGGAUGGGGUGCAGACCAAACCCAAAGGAUGGGGUGCAGACCAAACCCAAUGGAUGGGAUGCGAACCAAACCCAAAGGAUGGGGUGCAGACCAAACCCAAAGGAUGGGGUGCAGACCAAACCCAAAGGAUGGGGUGCAGACCAAACCCAAUGGAUGGGGUGCAGACCAAACCCAAAGGAUGGGGUGCAGACCAAACCCAAUGGAUGGGGUGCAGACCAAACCCAAAGGAUGGGGUGCAGACCAAACCCAAAGGAUGGGGUGCAGACCAAACCCAAUGAUCACACAGAUGCAGAUCAGAGCAUGGAAGGACACACUCCGGUUGCAGAAAACCCCCAUGCAGAAUAUGGCCUCACAGAAAACAUCCAGAGAAUAGUGGAGAGUGAGAAGACAAAUGCCGACAAAGUCACCAAACAGAAGGUGGAUCUACAGACCCUACAGACUCUCCCCACGCGAGCAUAUUUGGAUCAGACAGUGGUGCCAAUUCUUCUCCAAGGCCUGUCCGUGCUGGCCAAGGAACGGCCUCCAAAUCCAAUCGAGUUUUUAGCGACAUUCCUAUUGAAGAACAAGUCGCAGUUUGAGGAUCGAAAUUAAGUCGAGGAAUAAGCAAAGCUGCAUCCAUGGCAGCGGAAGACUUUCGUUUUCAAUAGAAACUGUCAGUGUCAGACUCAACUGUUUGCUGUGUGGUAGUUUUUUUUUUUUUCUUUUUUUUUGUUAAACUCCAAUAAAAACAUUGCAGAAGAAA